UCGGAGCGCAUCAGGCUAACAAGAGGAACGAUCUUUAGUGAGAGAUUCCGAUCUAUACGCUUUUAUAUCGUUUAAAUUGGCAAGAGUAAAGACAAAUUUUCUUAAAUAUCGUGACGGAAAAAUUGUGAUACUUGUACGCGAAACUCGGUUUGUUUCACGGGAAUUUUAAGAAAGAAGAUGAUACGAUUAAUCGAUCUACGUGCGAUUUUCUUCCUACUUCUGGCCAUUCAGUUGGAGCAACUCUCCCCACGGAAGCGAGGAGUGCUGUUCAGUGAAGCUAGAAUGGAAGCACAAUUUGAAAAAUGUUGCGGACUUGGAGCCUCGUGGGCAAUGGAAGGGCUCAGGUGUGAGAAGUUCACAGGGCCGGUGUCUGGAGUGCCGACAGUCGAACAAGGUCUUUGCUUAGAAGCUGUGGACAUCUGCUGCGUGAGAGCGUAUCAUGAACAACAGUGCAAGAAAGGGAAGUUAGAUGCGCAUGCUGGUUUGGCGUGUGUUUCCGAUACCAAACGUAGACGUUCUGGACCGGGUGACUAUCACCGUGAUUGUUGCGAAGCAUGUAAAUUAGGUAUUUUGACUGGGUCUAUGGGACAAGGAUGCGCUUUUAAGAAAUUUACCUUUGGCAAUCCUUGGGAUCCAGCGUUUUUGGAAUGUUGUUACGAGGCGUCACCGAGUACAACCACAACUUUGACUACAGAUCUUACAAAUGCAACGUCAGCUGAGACUACUGAUACUGAAUCAACUUCAUCCUCGUCAUCUUCAAGUUCGACGUCAUCGUCAGAUUCAACAUCCUUUUCUCCAUCUAUACCUACACCUCCAUUAGAUGACAUCUGUCAGCUUAUGAAGGGAUUAUUGUGCUCUGACAUUUGUAUUCCUACACCAGGAUCUUAUUACUGCAAAUGUCGUAAAGGUUUUACCUUAUUAGAAGAUGGAAAAACUUGUAGACAAGAUCUACCGACUGACAGGUGUAAAUCCAGUAACCCAUGUGAACAGCGUUGUACGGAUAAUGGGGUUGCGGUCACAUGCAGCUGCGAUCCUGGUUACGUACUGGCGAAUGACAAACGUUCUUGCAUGCCUAAAUCACCGGAAAGCCGAAGUAACAUUCCAGACGAGGAGGAGGACUUUUCAUCUCUUUGUCCACAAGGUUAUCGUUACAAUGCUACCAAUCAGGUUUGUGACGACGUGAACGAGUGUAUGGAAAAAGGAUUGUGUCCUGGUCGUUGUGAGAACACUAUAGGAUCUUAUACAUGCAUGUCAAAAGAUAGACUCAAAACUGUUCCGUAUGAAGACUGUCCUCCUGGUUAUCAAUGGGAAUUGGCAACAGGUCUUUGUGCAGAUAUAGAUGAGUGCCUUAUAUUACCAAAACCAUGCCCUGCAGAUAAAAAUUUUUGCGUGAAUACACAAGGAAGUUUUAGUUGCCUAGAAAUGAAAGGAGUAAAAUCGUGUCCUGCUGGAUUUAAAUUUAAUAAGUUGUUAGAGCAAUGUGAAGAUGUUAAUGAAUGUGAAGAAAAAAUACAUAGUUGCUCAGAAGCAACAGAAGAAUGUCGUAACACCGAAGGUGCUUAUGAAUGUGAUGUAAAAUGCAAACAAGGAUUUGCUUACGAUGUUAAUUUGGGUACCUGUAUAGAUGUGGAUGAAUGCGUUAAGCUUAGUAAUCCCUGCCCGAACUCAAAUACCUCAUGCAAAAAUAUAGUAGGUAGUUACGAAUGCUUAUCUUUAAAUCAUUCUUUAUCUUCCGGGCGGUUUCGAAUCGAGAAAGAAACAACUUCAUUGAAUUGUCCUGCGGGUUUUAAACCAAUGAAGGAUAUUGAAGAAGCAUGUAUAGACGUGGACGAGUGUAAAGAACAAUUGCAUUCGUGUGAAGAAAACGAACAAUGUAUUAAUGAUAUAGGAAGUUAUAGAUGUGAAGUAAAACAGGAAAAUGCAAAUAUAACUGGGAAGCAAGAAAAUACUCAAACUUAUUCAUAUCGUACAACGCAUAGAUACGAAACUUCAAUGUCUCCAAUUGUUAAUCAAUCGAUGAUUUGUGAAGAAGGAUUUAUUUUUGAUCAUCGAAGUUCAGAUUGUAUUGAUAUUGAUGAAUGCAGUAAUGAUUUAUCAAAUUGUACCACCGGUGAACAAUGUAUAAAUUUUGAGGGUGGAUAUAGAUGUUCUCCGGUAUGUCCAUCUGGUUUUCAAGUACUUAAUAAUAGUUACCAUGCAAGGAGAAAGGAAGAACUUUGCCAAGAUAUAAACGAGUGUGCACUUGGAUUACAUUCUUGUAAUAUAUCAACUCAUUAUUGUGUCAAUACAAACGGUUCUUAUACUUGUGAAGCAUUUUCAACAACAACGAUAAGUUCAACAGCGAUUAAUAGACCGUUAGGUACUCAUAGGAACCAUAAAAUGCAGAACAUGAAUCAUUAUUUGAUUUUGGAGCCUUGUAAACAUGGAUAUACUAGAGAUUUACAAAGUGGAGAAUGUGUGGAUAUUGAUGAGUGCGCAACGGGUACAGGCUGUCGAGACCACGAACAAUGUCAUAAUACCCUAGGUAGCUUUGAGUGUUCACCACUUUGUACCACUGGCUGGUAUUUUAAUACAGCUACAAAAGGUUGCCAAGAUGUUGACGAGUGUCUUUUAGGCAGACACGAUUGUCCACAGGGCACUCAUAAAUGCGUCAAUAUAAACGGUUCCUUCUUAUGCGAGUUGAUACUACCUUGUAGCAGCGGAUACAAACGUUCUUUUAAUGGCAGUUGUAUCGAUAUCGACGAGUGCUUGGAAAAUAUGCACACUUGUCAAUUGGAAUUACAUCAGUAUUGUGUGAAUAAAAAUGGCAGCUUUGAAUGUUUGACUAGAUUACCUUCUUGUCAGGCGGGCUAUGAAUACUCCUUAGCUACUAAACGGUGCGAAGAUAUUGAUGAAUGCGUUACUGGUCAAUACAAAUGUGAUUCCAGAUUACUUGAGAAGUGCGUCAACCUACCUGGAAGCUAUAGGUGCGAAAGACCUGCAUCGUAUGGACAACGUCAACGACAGAAACCUGCUUGUCCUUCCGGCUUUAGAUAUCAUCCUCGAUUAAGAAAGUGCACAGAUAUCGAUGAAUGUGCUGAAGGCUUGGAUACUUGUGAAGGAGAAGUUUGUUAUAAUCAACCGGGAGGUUAUAGUUGUGCAAAACUUCUAAAACCAUUGACUAGAAGACCACCUACAACAACUACAACUAUGCCACCAAAUCAAAAAUGUUUUCCGGGGAUGAAAUUGGUCAAGAAUCGUUGCGUUGACAUCAACGAAUGUCGAGAGAUAGAAGAUGCGUGUACUAGUGACGAGGAGUGCAUUAAUACAAUGGGAAGCUACAAGUGUGAAUGCAAGAUUGGUUUUAGACGCGAGAAUUUAACUCAAGCUUGUGUGGACAUUAACGAAUGUCAAACGCUGGAAGAUAACUGCUCCCACGGGCAGAGAUGCGAUAAUACUAUAGGUAGUUAUACUUGCACUCGUUACCUAUCAUGUGGUACAGGAUAUACGCUAAAUGCAGCCACAGAGAUCUGCGAAGAUGACGACGAAUGUCUACUUGGUACACACGACUGCGGUGGAGGUUAUCAUUGUAGAAACACAUUUGGUUCUUAUCGAUGCGAUCGUAACCCACGUAUACCGGUUGCGCAACCUCAUUUUGCUACCACAGUAACACCGACGACAACCACAACUAAUAAACCAAAAACCACAUCUGUUUCUACUACUUUACCAACUUCUCAGGAACCGUUUAAUUGUCCACAUGGAUUUGAACCCUUUCCUGGAGGGAAAUGCGUAGAUAUAGAUGAAUGUCAAAAUAAUCCAAACAUUUGUGGUAGGACAAUGAGAUGUAUAAAUACCCUUGGAUCUUAUAGGUGUAUAUCUAAAGUGAUAUGCGCUAAUGGGUAUACUUUGGAUCCAAUAUCAGGACAAUACUGCAUUGAUAUAGACGAGUGUGCGAAUGGUACUCAUGAAUGUACUCCUGAUCAAACGUGCGAAAAUAAGUUAGGUGGUUACGCUUGCAUAUGUCCAGCCGGACAUGUCGCUGGACCGAAUAAAGACUGUGUCGAUAUCGACGAAUGUAGUCUUUAUGGUAAUGUAUGCGGAUCAAAUAGUCAAUGCGAGAAUACCGUUGGCUCUUUCCGAUGCAAUUGUGAGAAUGGUUUUGAAAAUGCUGGUGGUUUUUCUGGUUGCCAGGAUAUCGAUGAAUGUCAACGAACCCCUGGUUUAUGCCAACACAUGUGCUUCAAUACAUGGGGUAGCUACAAAUGUUCCUGUAAACCUGGAUUCAGGCUAAAUUCUGAUAAUCGUUCUUGCACAGACGUCGACGAAUGCACGGAAUUUAAAGACAAGCAUUUGUGUGUAGGAAUUUGCGAAAAUACACCAGGUAGUUAUGCUUGCAAGUGCCCAGAUGGUUAUAAGCUCGGACUUAAUAGUCGCACUUGUGAAGACAUUGACGAAUGUCAGGCAGGACCAAUCUGCAGAGGGCCAGAUGAAAUUUGUCACAAUACCAGAGGUGGCUACCGUUGUAAUAAAAUAAGUUGUCCUUCAGGAUAUCGUCGUGAUCCUGAAAAGAAGAACCGGUGUGUGAAACUGUGGCCUUGUAUUAACGACCUAACUUGCUAUAGACAACCAGCGCAUUAUUCGUAUAAUUUUAUCACUCUUGUGAGCAUGUUACCAAUUGCAUCUAACAGACCAGAGGAACUGUUUAAAAUGAAAGGAUAUCAUCGACCUGGCUCAAUGAUGCAAUUCAAUAUGGCAUUUUUAGAAGCACGUGCGCCACCUGGUGUCCAACGUGCCACAGAAUCAUGUUUCGCAUUAAAGAGACCUGAACCGUCAGAAGCUGUUUUAGUGAUGACACGAAGUAUAGCAGGUCCUCAGGAAAUCGAACUUGAUUUAACUAUGGAGGUUUAUCAUAAUACAAUUUUUGCCGGAAGCGCAGUAGCAAAAAUUUUGAUUUUCGUUUCUCAGUACGAAUUUUAAUAAGAAAAAAUCUAAAAG